AUGCUGGGCUACGAAAGUCAUGCCGGCCUGUCGGCCUGCCUCAAUGGACCUGCUCUGACCGAUUCGCUUCCGGUGAAGAUGAUCAAGGCGCUUGGCGGAGUUCCAUUUGUGCGUACCAUUGUACCGCAGUCAAUGCUUAGGCGAUUCAGCGUACUCUCAUCGAACCCCAUUGACGGCAUCUGCUGCCACCCGCACUUCCCUGACCGCAGCCCCUGUGGGAGCAGCUCAGGCGAAGGGGCAUUAAUCGGCGGUGGGGGAUCAUGCCUCGGAUUUGGCACCGAUAUUGGGGGCAGCAUCCGACUACCUGCUGCAGUCUGUGGAAUUGUUGGUUUCAAGCCCACCACACGUCGAUUAAGGUACUAUUUUGCUGUGAUUUCCCAAACUUCCUUAUUAGGGCCUUAA